UCAGCCGUUACCAACCUUAACCUCGUAAGGUGAUGUGCGGCUUCGACGCGACCCCCGAAAAAUCGACCUCUCUCAAACUCUACCUCGAAGCUCAAAUCCCUAUAUCCAAACCGCCGCCAUGCCUCCGCGACUAAACAUCCCACCUGUUACCCGCGUGGUACUCGUGGUCUUGCUUCUACAGUCCGUCUUAAGUGCUGCCGUGCGCUACCGCCAAUGGUCUGCGCAUUCCGAAAUCGUCGUCGAAUGGCUGACACUGAUACCUCAACUGUCGCUGUUCUAUCCCUGGACGUUCUUAACGGCUACUCUAGUCGAGAACAAUAUCUUUACAUUAGCGAUUGCUAGUCUAACCCUUUAUCAUGGAGGGAAAUACCUAGAAAGAGCUUGGUCUUCAAGGGAAUUCGCUAAAUUUCUACUCGUGGCAUCCCUGAUACCCAAUACUUUAACUUUCUUGAUUCUGGUCACACUGUUCACUAUCACUCGCAACGAGAGAUGGACGUUGACAACUAUUGCUGGCACGAUACCCCUUCAGAUCUCUUUUCUUGUCGCUUUUAGCCAACUCGUUCCCGCGCAUACCGUAACCCUCUUCCGAGGUGUUUUGUCUUUGCGCGUACCGAAGUUUCCUCUCAUAUACAUCGGCCUUGUUGCUGUGCUGUCCUUGACUCCGUUACUCACGAGUGCUUCCUUGUUCUUAUCCAUAUUCGGUCUCCUUGCCAGUUGGACGUAUUUACGAUUCUAUAAGACGAUUUUCCCGGAUCUUGAUUCUUCGCAACCGACAUCUAUGCGCGGGGAUGCGAGCGAGACGUUUGCUUUUGCUGAAUUCUUUCCAGGACCAGUUAAGCCAUUUGUUUCCGCGAUUACCGAGCCGGUUUUCAACCUGUUGGUAGCAAUGAGGAUAUGCACGCCUUUCUCACAGGCCGAUAUCUCCGCCGCACAAGGGGGUAACUUCAUACAGCGUAGCGGUCAUGGAGGUGUUAGGGCUGAAGCUGAAAGACGGAGAGCCUUGGCUCUAAAAGUACUAGACCAACGUCUCCAUGCUGCAACUGCGGGACCCAGUAGUGGCACACGAAGUCAGCCACAACCUCCUAACCAGCCAGGCGGCUCGGGAGCACAUACACAUCAGCAGCCGAACGCUCAGGCUGCGAUGACAUCACAGCCCACCACAGUGUUGGGAGAGACAAACUAUAACCCUGAUCAUGAUCAUACCGACAAGAGCGACUCUUGAAAUGUCCAAUUUUCUGCGGGGGCUGGCGGGGGGCUCUCUCGUUUGGAUCUCGAACCACCCCCUUUGCCAUAUGUCCGAAUACGCGUGUAUUUCUAUUUUGGGAGCACUUGCGAGUUCGGAGUCGGCAUUAGAGGAUGAGGCAUCUGGGUUUUGAGUUUAGGGGGUGAAAUAUCCCCAAUCAAGUAAUAUCAAAGUGCCGGUUACAGUGUUAAUUCACAAGAUAGCCGGAUAGCUGUCGGGUUCAGUUUGGCUGUUCAGCAAGCUACGGUUGAGAUUCCCGUUUGGUUUUAUCGAGUACUAUAAACCGAGCUUGACGUGCAGCAUUAUAUGUCAAUUCUACGGUAGAUAUAAUAUCAGCACUGCUUAGCAUUUGGGUAAUACGGCAUGCCGUCACAUACCAUACUGUCCACGUAUCUGUUUUAGAGUAUUUCACCAAUAGACGGAUAUAUGCAGUCGCGUAGCAUAUAGUAGCAUAUAGCAUCGUAUAAGCUCGCUCCGCCGUAAUCCUGCUUUGCAAUGAGUUGAAGAACGAUGAAGAAGAAAAAAAGGGGGUAGACGAAUAUAUAUAUAUAUAUAUAUAUCUAUAUAUAAUAGUAUAUAAUUAUUCAUAAGUAAAA